AUGGCAAUGUUCACUGAAGGUGCUGACUACGUAGCAGGCGAAACGUUUCAGAAGGAAGUAUGGAUUGAAAAGCUACGAAACAGCCAGCAGCAGUUCCAAGAGAAACUAAAAAUUAAACUACUUGGACCAUCACAGCGAUUAAAGCAUACAAACAAGCAUAGCAAAUUGGUCAACUACCGAAGUGUUCAAGAUUACAGCUCAGCUGAUGAAUCAGCUGAACAUGGAUCCGAUGCUCUGAUUCGUGCCUCGAGUUCUGAACCGCAGACAAUCGCCAAUAAUUCCAGUCCAGUAGAUGCAGAUUCGAAGUCCUUAGUUUUGCAAGUAUCUUCACAAUCCUUUAAACAACCUUCUAAUUGCCCAAUUCCAGCUAAUACGGAUCAGGUCUCUUCAGGAUUAAUAUGCCCCAGUGAAAACAUUACUUCUCAGAGCAAAUCUAUUCGAACAAACCAAGUACAUUCGCCCAAUUCGUACGCGGAUGUCUGCCUGAGUAAUGCGAUCAGAUCAAAGAGCGGACAAGAUGUGGGUAUUUUUUUGAGUAUCUCUUGCUGCGAUGUACCGAACGCGGUGACAAAAUCAAUAGAGGAUAAGGGAAAAACGACACUUUCAUCAAAGGUGUGCAAUUAA